AAUCCUGCGUUUUUUCUAUGCACAAUCAAACACUCGUACAAUCCUAUAAGAUUCAAGACGACAUUCCACUCUAAUCCCAUAUUUUUCCUAUUCCCGUAUUUUGGAAAUCCUAUGAAUUAAAGAGGCCCUGAAUUGGCAUGGCGUACCGGGAGAAGCGUGCAUGGCGUACCGGGAGAAGCGUGCGUCGUGCAUCGCGAAUCCUGCAUCGCUGCACGUCGCCGUCCGGGGCUCCGGGCUAUAAAUACCAGUACCUCCGCCACCAUUGAUCUCUGCCUCACAGACACACACACGCACACAGACGACUCCACACAGAGAGACAGAAGAAAGGGAUGGCGACGACCCGCGUGAGCCUGCUCCUCCUGCUAGCAGUUGCGCUCGCCGGCUCUGUUGCCGGGGCAUCGGCCCUCACCUGCACGCCGGAUCGUUGCACCAAGGGGACGGCCGCCUUCUAUGGCGAUGCCGACGGCGCGGGGAAUGAAGCUGGAGUAUGCGGUUACGGGCCAGCGGUGGCCAAGCCGCCGUUCAACGCAAUGGUUUUUGCCGCAGCGGGCCGACAUGGGAUGCGGCGGAUGCGUCAACAUAGGCUGUCGACACCCCGCGUGCAAUCCUGAUGGAGUCACGGUAACGUUCGCCGACUACUGCAGCGGCGGACCGUGCGUCGACAACGACGUCAUUGAGAUGAGCGGCCACGCGUUUUCCGCGAUGGCCCUGCCGGGCCGAGAAUCCGAGCUGCGCGCGUCACCCACUGUUCCUGUAACGUACCAAUAAGUUGACUGCCGCUACUCAUCCAGCAUGGCCUACCUCGUCGAACCGAGCGCCACAUCGGAGCGCUUCACUGUCGUACUCCUCUAUGUGCCAGGGGAUGCCUACCCCGGCCAGCUGACGGUUCACUUCAAAGAUGAGUCGAGCAUGGACUGGGUGGAUGCUGAUCGCGGCGAUCGCCAUGAUCUCCCCAAAUUCACAGCCACUAGGAAGAUGGUAGCCCCAAUUACGAUCAAGGUGGAAGGUACCUAUGUGACACGGGGGGAUGUCAUCCCCGUCACCUGGAGUGUCACGGCGGCAGAUGUCAUCCCCGUCGGCUGGCACGGGGGCAAGACCUACUACGCGGCUUGAGCAGAGCUCACCUUAGACGGGUAAUAGAAACGUUCAGUGCGGUCCGAGGUAACCCAUCAUAUCCUGGUUGAGCCUGUUCAACCCGACCACUGUAAUAAAAGUACUAGCUGGCAGAGACUCAAUUGUUUCUUAUCUUGCUGUUAGUAUGAGUGUUCGAGCAUGAAAGUACAUUCUGAAAUCAGCCGCUAUUGUUUAAUACAUGAUGAGUGUAACGUUAAUUAUAAAAUUGCUUAUGAGAAUAGCGAGCGUGGCCUAGAAAAAAACCACU